AUGCAGAUAUAUAACAGAGAAGUGCGUAGCUUUGCAUCAGUGGACAUGGCAGCUUUCAGUAACCCCACCAGCUUCUUCUUCCAGUUCCACUUUCAAGUUGCAUUUUAUGUGGGAGUCCUACAGACAGAAACAGAAUUGAAGAUGGGUGUCAUGCCCACCGUCAAUUAUUGUCAGAGAUCAAUUAUGGAAUUUACAAAGAAUGUGAUUGAUGAGACAAUCAUCGAGAAGCUUGAAAUAAAGCCAUUUUCAUCUGCUUCUAAUUCAGUUUGUGUUGCGAAUAUGGGAUGGUCAGUUGGACCUAACACAUUCUACUGCACACAAAUUAUACUUGAUGCUGUGGAAAAGAAGUUCAUAUCAGAAGGCUUCACUCCUGAUCAAAUGCCCCAAUUUCAAGUCUUCUUUAAUAGUCUUCUUUUCAAUGAUUUCAAUAUCCUUUUCGAGUCUCUCCCUCCCAAAAGAAGGUAUUUUUCAGCCGGUGUGCCAGGGCCUUUUCAUGGCCGGUUGGUCCCUGACUCCUCUCUGCAUUUUGUACAUUCCUCGUAUGCAUUAAACUGGCUUUCUGAGGUGCCUCCGGAGGUGCUGGACAAGGACUCUCCAGCAUGGAACCAAGGGAGGAUUCAUUACACUAGUGCCCCAGAAGCCGUAGUCGAAGCUUAUGCAGCCCAAUUUGCCAAGUACAUGGGGAUGUUCUUGGAUGCCAGAGCAAAAGAGCUUGUGGAGGGAAGUAUGAUGGUGCUAAUCCUGCCAUCGACUCCAGAUGGGAUCCCACAUUCUGAUGUGCCAACAGGGAUAUUGUUCAAUCAUUUAGGGUCCUGCCUUGUGGAUUUGGCGAAAGAGGGAUUAGUAUCUGAAGCUCUUGUGGACUCUUUCAACAUUCCAAUGUACUCUGUGACUCCCAAGGAGAUAAGGCAGCUUGUAGAACGAAAUGGGUGUUUUAGCAUUGAAAGAAUGGAGCCUACGGAUUGUAGAACUAACCCUGACAUCCCAGCCACUGGAUAUUCAAUCACGAUGCGCUUCAGAGCAGGGCUGGAAGGAGUCAUCACCAGACACUUUGGUGCUGAGAUUAUUAAUGAACUGUUUGAACGAUUUCUCGAGAGAAUGGAUGAUGUGAUGCCAUCCUUAUUAUCAAGCAACGCACAAGGAUCUCAAAUAACUGUUAUUCUGAAACGCAAAUGCUACAAUUGA